UCCUUUGUCUGAAGAACAUUCGGACCUUUCUCACCACAUGCUGUGACACCUUUGGGAUGCGGAAAAGUGAACUGUUUGAUGCCUUUGACCUUUUCGAUGUUCGAGAUUUUGCAAAGGUGAUCGACACACUGUCAAGUCUUUCCCACACUGCAAUAGCACAGAGUACAGGUAUAAGGCCGUUUCCCACUGAGCAAGCUGUGGACGAUGAGGACAUUUACAAGAGUCUGGCAGACCUGAUCGAUGAGGCCAGUGUUGAUGAUGAUGAGGAUCUUUACGACUGUGUUUAUGGCGAUGAUGAAGGUGACGAAGUUUAUGAAGAUCUGAUGAAAAUUGAAGCAGUCCAGGCCCCAAAACAGAUUGAGACAGAUGUCCGGAGUUGCUGUCUCCUGGAGAUCAGACAGACGGAGGAGAAAUACACAGCAACACUCGAGUCGAUUGAGAAGCAUUUCAUCUGCCCAUUGAGACGGGUUUUAACGGCUGGAGAAAUGGCAGUCAUUUUUAUUAACAUUGAGGCUUUAGUUAAAGUUCACAGAGACUUGAAUGAAGAUCUAAAAAAUGUCAUCAUGUCGAAGAAUGAUCAGAAUCUUUAUCAAAUCUUCAUCAACUACAAGGAAAGUCAGGUGGAGAAUGCGAUCAAGUGUUUGGAUGAAAUCAGCAAAUCGAGACCAGAUCUCCGGCUGAAGUUGGAGGAGUGUUCCAAUCGAGCGAACAAUGGGAAGUUCACGUUGAGAGAUCUCCUGGUUGUGCCAAUGCAACGGGUCCUCAAGUACCACCUCCUCCUUCAGGAGCUCAUGAAACAAACAACUGAUGGCCAGGAGAAGGCAAAUUUACGAUUGGCGCUGGACGCGAUGAAGGACUUAGCUCAAUAUGUCAACGAAGUGAAACGCGAUAAUGAGUGCCUACGAGAAAUUAAUCAGUUCCAGCACUGUAUUGAUAACCUGAACCAGCCUCUCACAAAGUUCGGAAGGCCCAAGGUGGAUGGGGAGAUGCGGCUAAUGACCCUGGACAAACGCACGCGACAGGAUCGGUGAGUUAGUGAAUCCUCAGUAACUCUGUCUUGCAGAUUUACAACCAGCAGAGUGCAGUACAGGACCGAGCAGCAGGAGUGUGC